AUUAUUACGGAUCCGGCGUCAUUCCAAACCCUCGUGCUACUGUUACCAGCAUUCCACAACCGGGGAUCCACAGAAUUUCACAUUACUAUUUCUUAAGAACCUCGAUCGCCUCACCUCCCGAUCCACAAUGGACUACAGCAUGGAAGACACGCAGAACUCGGCGCCCGAUGCGCAGCAAGCUAGCAAGCUGAACUCCGCGGGUCAAAAAAGCGACACCCAGAGCGUGACCAAACGCCUGCAAGCUGAGCUUAUGCAACUCAUGCUCUCUCCCUCGCCUGGCAUCUCCGCCUUCCCGGACGCGGACGGAAACCUCCUCUCGUGGACGGCAACCAUCACCGGUCCGACCGAGACUCCCUACGAGGGCCUCACUCUCAAACUUUCCUUCGCAUUCCCCAACAACUACCCCUACUCUCCCCCAACAGUCCUCUUCAAGACUCCAAUCUACCACCCCAACGUCGACUUCUCCGGCCGCAUCUGCCUCGACAUCCUCAAGGACAAGUGGAGCGCCGUUUACAACGUAUCGAGUGUUUUGCUCAGCUUGCAAAGCUUGCUGGGUGAGCCUAACAAUGCGAGCCCCUUGAACGCCCAAGCAGCCGAGCUUUGGGACUCGGACCAGGCGGAAUUCAAGCGCCACGUCCUCGCCCGGCACCAAGACCUGGACGAUGAAUAGGUUCUUGGGUU